AUGGAAGCCACCUCCAGCCAAUCCCGCGCCCGCUCCGUCUCCCACUCCCGCCCCACAACACCCCUCCGCCCACCCUCUCGCUCCUCUACCACGCAAAACCCUGCGCACCCUCACAAUUCGUCCACCAGCUCCUCAUCCACCGCUCUCGACACACUCGAACCCCAAUUCGCCGAGCUGGCCGACAGCAUGGCCGACCUCGAGGCCAACUUCAUGCACCUCCAACUCAUGCACGAGAGUCUCGCGCGGUUCGGCGAGAGCUUUGCCGCGUUCCUCUACGGAUUGAAUGUCCGGGCUUUCUGUGUGGACUUCCCGGAGACGCCGGUGCAGGAGAGCUUUGAGAGGUGGAAGGCCGGGAAGAUGGAUAAUUCGGGCGAGAGGGAGGGGGAGAUGACAUUUAUGACUACGGAUACCUCGUUUGUGGAGCAGGGGUCUACGAGUAUUGUUUCGAAGGCUACAACGACGACGCAGACACCGAAGCGUGAACCACCACCGCCAGUUACGCCGAGGCUGACGAACACGAAUAAUACACGGGGAACAGGACCAGGGACGAAAGGGUUGGGAGGAGGUGGUGUUGGUGGGAGGGGUUAUACGAGGGGUGUCAGGGGAAGUGGGCUGGCUAGGCCUAGGGGUAGGGGGGUAAGAUGA